AUGAAAUGCUCCUGGCCCACGGCACUGUUCUUUUUGAUAUGCUUAACGCAGACCACUACCGGACAUAGGCCUCUCCCGUUCAAAAGGCUCUGCAAUGAUGUCGCAUCGAAGAGGAAUCACACACUGAAACCCAGAGUAGUUCUGCCGGAAAACUAUGUCAAAGAAAUGCGGCCACCGGCGCGUAAAGGCCAGCCGGUUAUUGUGGAGUUCAGCAUCUACGUGGUAGACGUCAACUCCAUCAAUGUUGAGGAUAUGGAUUUCAGAGUGGACAUGUUCAUAAGGCAGACUUGGAGUGAAAGUCGACUGCAGCUACCAGAAGACAUCUUCGAGGAAGGCGAUGACCACGUAACCUUACCGCCAGAAUUCUUUGACAACCUCUGGCAUCCAGACCCUUACUUUUUGAACUCCAAGGUCACAGAAAUCGCAGAACUAACUCACAAGUUUUCUUCAGUGACGCUGUACAGAAACCAAACCGUGCGGUAUUCAGCCAGGAUGCACGCGAUCAUCGCCUGCCAAAUGGAAUUUCAACUUUAUCCCAUGGACAUACAGUCGUGUCCCAUUUACAUUGAAAGCUUCUCAUACAGUAAUCAAAAAGUGCGGUUUCGUUGGAGCGAAGCCGGUGUCACUAUUAACCCGGAGCUGAAACUUCUGCAAUACCACAUCGGAGAGCCAUUGAGGCUUGAGGAAACUAAUGGAUACAUGAUCGAUAAAGACGGUAACUACUCAAGAUUAGUAGUAUACUUCAGGUUCGAGCGGCAAAUCGGUCAUCACUUGAUCCAAACCUUCGCUCCAUCUUCUCUAGUCGUGAUGUUAUCCUGGUUCAGCUUCUGGCUAGAUCUGGAUGCAAUUCCUGGACGAGUGACGUUAUUAGUAACAUGCAUGUUAACGUUAGUCACCAUGUUCACUGGACUGAGAGCUGAUAUUCCACCUGUGGCUUAUGUAAAGGCUCUAGACCUUUGGAUGGCUGGCUGUAUGAUGUUCGUAUUCGCUGCUCUCGGAGAGUUUGUCGUCGUGAAGGUGUUGGACAAGCAAUAUCAGAUGAACAAGACCAAAGCCCAGGAGUCCAUGCCAAGGAUCAUUCCGGUGAUGUUUCGUUAUCUGUGGCAGCGUUUGAAUGGAGAGAAGGGUUCUUGUGGGACCCUGGCGGCUUGGGAGGGGAGCCAGGUCAGGUGUCGUAAGGUGGACCUGACGUCUCCUACGUCACCUCCAGCAGCCACGCCGGCAGUGCACCCAGCACCAUCAGCUACGCAUGCCACCGCUCACCUGGUCGGCGUUGAACGACGGCAGAGCAUUCUUCAGGUUGCCUGGCUAGACGCCGACACAGGUCAAGAACGAGUGUUAUGGAGGGAGAUCGACAAACUCUCUCGAGUGGUAUUCCCAGCACUAUUCCUCCUCUUCGUGACCAUGUACUGGCCUGUCCUCCUCCUCAAAACGAAGACCUCUUCAUAA